GCAGCAGAAAGAACAAUUAGCCAAGAAAUAUCUUAGAUGACUCUAGCUUCGUUUUUAUCUUGUAGUUUGCGGCAGGCCUUAUCAGAUACAUGAGGUCAUCAUGAAACAAUGAGUCUUUCGACACGGUUUGUUCCUUCUCGAGCAAGGUUCUGCGCUGGUUGGUUUUCAGAGCAUCGCUUGAAUUGUAUCUUUUAUCUAAGUACCCCGAGGCGACGUCGUGAAUUCCUGUCAUCCCGCCUGUCAUGCCAGGAUUAACAACUAUCGAGCCCUCAACCUCAGAAACCUCGCUCCUCUGAGUUUGAUCUCCCGUUUUCUUCUUCUCUUAAGAAAUGACUUCCCUGUCGGAAGACGAUCGCAAGACUAUUAAAGAUCAUCCCUUGAAUGAUUCUCUCGACCGAUUACAAAGGUCACUCCUGGACGUGGAACAUUCUCUUGACAGGGCCAAUGACAUACCUGAACACAUCUGCCAGGAGGCAGUAUCACGACUUCUGGCUGCUUUGCAGAAUACAGAAGCAGCUUUUGUUCUUCGGUCAAGAAUCAGCAGUUGUGAUGUCGCGUCAGAAAUCGCACAUCUAUUUGCGCGUGUUCGAAACGGCGACUUCAGCUACACCCACUACCGCCCACUAGUGAAGCUCAUCAUCCAAAAAGCAUCCGACUAUGACAUCUGGAGCGCCAUUCUUGAUCUCAUUACCACACUCUCAAGAGUGACCCCUACACCAGCAAGUGUUCCUCCCACAUUUGACAACACACCCAUCACCCAUUCCUCCACAUCACAGCAAGGCAGUGAACAGACUCGGCAGCUGAUUGAGGCAAGAGUCUUUGAGGAGAUCCGCAGCUGCACAUACCAAGAUGUGGAAGGAUUCUUUGAUAAAUACUUUGACAGGAAGGACUGGACAGAUUGUGCGCGGAACACUUACAAGUCAAUCAAAGACCAAUAUGUCAAUGGCAGAUGGUCCACUCUGCCUGACUCACCCACCCAAAUCCAAAUGCAGGACUGGUUGUUUCGACUGCAGGAAGAUUUCCUCUCAAGGCAGCGUCGUCGCUACUAUACAAUAAACAUUCCAAAUGAGCUUACCGGCAGUGAGGCCCGGCGGCAGGUUGAUCUGAUCAUUAAACAAAAGAGUGGAGAGCCGUCGGACUCAGAGCACGACUGGAGAGAUAUUGAGGUGGUUGGCAAGCUGAAGGCAUCCAACAGCAAUGGCAUCAAGAAGACAUUAGUUCAGCUUGCCUGUUACGCGCGAGAUGUGUUUGCAUGUCAGCCAACACGCUGCUACCUCCAUGUGUUCACCAUUUGCGGGCGUGUGAUGGAGGUGUGGGUCUUUGACCGCUCUGGAUGCUAUAGCCCAGGCCUGUUUGAUAUUCAUAAUGAGCCGGAAUGA